GGAAGUUGAAGGACGUCUAUUUUCAGCAAACAAUUUUACCAUAACAAAAGUCUCUGCAUGCUGCAGAUUGCUCCACUAGUUAUACGUUAAUCACCUUGAAAAUUGCAAUCAUUUAACCGAGUCAUUCUUGAUCAGCACAUUAUUCAUUAACAUUGAUAAGUAUAUCCAAAUAUGUACGUUACAAUGUUGCCAAAGUUUCGGAAGAGUUUCAAUUACGUGCUUUAGACAUAUAUCAAAACAAUAUAAUGUUCCAGCUCACUGAAUAUUAAUGACGAAACAUUAAUAACAUCUCGUACACAUAAACAAACAGCUUUUUCCUGGAAGAACUCGACUCUGACCCGCAUCGACACACCGAGCUCGAGGUUUCCGACCCGAAGAAGUGUACACACGAAGCCCUUACGUGCAUCAGCUGUGUAGGAAUGUAGAUUGAGAUGGCCUCUAAAGCGAGAUAUGUGGAGCUCCCAAUAUACGUCGUACACAUUGGCCUGUUGUAUGCUCUUUUACUCACGAGUGGUCUCGUGCUAGCGUGGGUAACUAUAUACCGCCAUGAACAGAAUAUUGCAGAGUUGAGGCAAAUGUUGAACACACGAGAAGACAAACAUCAGUCUCAAGCUGUUGAUACUGCGGUUUAUACAAAUGCUGAACGUAAUAUGCUUGUUCAGAAAGACAAGGUAGAAACAUUAACACUUGAAUAAUCCUAUGUAGUCGUGUAUUGUUGAAUCUCAAUUAGAUAUACGAGGACUUCUUUCUUGUACGCCUCAUAGUAUGGAUGUUUGCCAAUCCUCAGCAGAGCAUAUAUACUGCGUAUUGACUGCUGAGGACACUAAACUUACUAAAGUCUUUAUAAGUUAUGAACUACACCACUAAGUCUAAACCUACUGAAGAAUAUCAUAAAAUGUGCAUAAUCAGUAGACAGUAAGCUCGGAAUAUAUGAGCUGCUGUGCGCUAGUGUUGCAUGGUACAGACUACAGACUGUGACAGUGAAUUGUCCUUUGUAGUAUGUGAUGAUAUAUAAAUGAUCACUGAGGACACUUCACUGAACUCACUGCAAAGUUAUUAAAACGAAUGAGCUCAAGAUAUGUUGAGAUUUGUUGUUAUCGGCACUGUAUAAUAACACAAUGCCCGGCAAAGAAAACGUCAGUAAAAUGAACAAAUACUGUCAAUGAGUGAUAUUUUGAAACCUGCAGGAAAUGGACGACAUGUACAGUGGACCGCGGGUGAGAAGAGGACAAGAGAAGAAAAGAGACAAUAAAAAAGUUGCAAGUAAGUCGGUGUGAUUGUGUGAUAAGCACGGGUUUGGGGCAAAUGUACAGAUUUGAAUAUCUGUAAAAAACAACAAUUGUCACAACAUGUGAUUGGGAAUAUGUUUGGUCGUAUGCUCAUGAUACUCAUGUUAGAUAUACAGAGCGACAAUACAACAAUGAACAAUGUGAUCACUUAGCACGACAUAAAUGAAUAAUAUUAAAAUUAAUUGAUUUCUAUUUUCAUGCAGCGGUUAUGGCGAGUCAAUUUCCGCCAGUUUAGAUCAGUUCAUAGUAUUAAAUAUCUUCAAGUGACCGGAAAAACUGCGUUUGCGAAUACUAUACCGACACUCCACAGUGACAUUUUUAACAGUAAAAAACAUGACAUUGCGCACGUCUAGCUCUCUGAAGCUUUUUGAAACUGACUGAUUAUUAUAUACAAUAUAUAUCAAUCACGCGGCACAAAGCUGCUUUAGUUUAACUGGGAAAUAACAAAGAAUAAAUAACUAAGAAAGCAACUACGGCAGGCGAAGUUGCGUGGUUGGAAUGUGAAACAUUAAUUUUGCAUGCAUGGUAAUGGAUGUCAGGAUGUGGCGCUGCGCUGACGUCCAAUCGUCGAAGAAUUCAGUUGCAAAAGUAGAAAAAUACACUCUUUCCAAUACCCUUACAGAUUAUGUUCAAAGUUACUUCAAACAUAUAACAGACAGUCAUGCACAUUCAUCUUUAUGAAAUAACCAAAAUAAAAAUAAUAGAGUUAUAUCUCUAUAUUCUUUCAUGUUUGCCUUCGUGCCCUCUCGAUCCAUCGUCGAAUAUAAUCGCUGGGCGAGUAGAACGAGUAAAGAUACACCAAAUUAAUACAAUGAACAUCGGAGCAUGGUUGCCCGACUUAAAUUCUAAGGAAAGUCAACGAGUUUUUACCGUUUCGCCAAUUCUCCAGCGUACGUUACCCAGCUGGGUGCCAGAGGUUGUUCCUCUCUCGAUCGCAGAAAUUAAUACCCCAAUUAUUGUAAAGGCUACUAGGCAGCCCGUUGCUAUUUAACGUGAGUUUUUAUUUGCGAGCGUGGAAAAACCUCUGGCACCCAGUGUAAUGAUUACGACAUGCACACUCUCUCGUUUAGCAACCGAGUACGGUUGUUUGGAAUGCGAAACAUUGAAGAUAGUCGGCAAAACCUAUUCACUUCUCACUAAUGCUCUUUGUCGAGGCAAAAAAAAGUUUCACAGAUAUAACGUUAACUUUUAAAAUAGUGAAUGGCAAUGCAGAUAUCAGUAAUAGUAAUACGUCUCAAUUUUCUGUAAAAAUAUUUGAAAACUUAGAAACAUCAAUAGAUUUGAAUUUUGAAAACGUAAAAAAUAUGGCGAUACAAAAAAUAUUUUAAAAUUUGAAACAUUGUUAUUACUGUGGUAUUACUGUGUUGAAAGAGAAAAAUAGACGUAUUCGUCGGGUGAUUCGGUGAACUUAUUCUGUUUCAUCUUUUCCAGGAUGCACCAAGAAAUGUGUGGGUGAGAAAGGUGAGAAAGGUAAAGAAAAUUAAACUUUUAAAUGAAGAAUUUUAACAAUGAAUUUAAAUUUAUCGUUUCAAAAUAAAAUAUUUUAUCGAUCAUGUGUCUCUAAAAUCUAAUUUUUACGUCCCAUUUAUUCUAUAGGUACCAAAGGAAGGAGAGGCAAACGUGGUAAGAAUUGAAAUGUUGUAAUCCAGCAUAUGUCAACAAAAACUCGUUUUUAGAAUUUAUAAAAUUUAUAGAAUUCGCUGUGGCGAAGCUAGUCAUGGCCAUGCUAAUUAAAUAGGUUAAAGGCAAUAUACAUUAUAAAAUAACAUGUAUACAACGCGUGCUCUGAGUGGUCGAAACCCGUGUUUGGAUCAGGCCAUCCAAACACGGAAGACUAUCGUGUUGUUGUUAUUUUAUAAAACAAUUACUUUAUGGUUUCCGUGUUUGGAUGGCCUGAUCCAAACACUUGGGAAUGUUGCUCGAGUUAAGAAAAGCGGGCAAAAUCACUCGCCUUCGGCUCGUGUUUCGCUCGCUUUUCUUAACUCUCGCAACAUUCCUGCGUGUUUGGAUCAGGAUCCAAACACGGAAACCAUAAAGUAAUUGUAUAUUCCUAAAGAUUUGAAUAAUGCAAAUCAUUAAAUUUGAAUAGCAUAACCUGUUGCUAUGGCUAGCUGUGCCAUUGGAAUUCGCAACACCCCAUCCACAUGUUGUAACCCAGAUUGGGUUAGUAUUGGGUCAGGGUAAUGUUGUAUGUGUGAAAUUACAAACCUGGUCAGUUAUUGCAAUUAUUAAACGUAACUGAAACGACUAAUCUCGAGACUAGUCUUAAUUAUUGGCUUAUACAACGUGCGGACCGGGUGUACGCAACAAUAUUACAUUCCUUUGUGUUUUAAUUUCUCAUUAAUUAUAAAGUUAUAAAAGAAACACCAACAGCCAAAAUUUACCAAAAGAGGCCAAACAACUUUUGUUCAAAAUAAGCCAAAAAGAAGCCAAAUGCAGACUACUGCGAACACAGUGAUAUCCUCAAUCAUGAUUGAUUAAAGUUUAGUCAGCUGUUUAAUCAGCUGGAUUUCAGCUGAAUCCUGAUUGGCGCCCAGAAUUACAACCGGUUAUUUCUGACAAUGAAUAGAAGUAAAUAUGGAAUCAACCUGGUAAAGUUAAUGCUUUAUUUCAAAAUAAUCAAUGAUUUUUGAAAAAUUCAUGGCCUCAAAAAAGCCAAUCUACCAACCCUGGGCGGAAAUUGAAGAGCUAUUGGACACCACCACCUUUCUACUGUUUUUAUCUGCGCGGUCGUACACGAAGCUGCCAGUGAGGAGUGUGCCGAAAUUUCGAAUUUUGAUUUAGCACAAGCAGUGAGCGCUAUAUAUAUAUAUAUAUCUGGAGCAAGAACUUCAGUCAUUUGGCCUAUGAGAAAAGUGAAGUCAAGAUGGCGGACAUUGACGUCCAGUAGCUAUAGUUAAGUUUCAAAAACCAAAUCACGUGGCGGUCAUGAUAUGUCACGUACUGUAGUAUUUACGAAAUAUUCAACAUGUUCUAAGCCUGUUCACGCAUGAAUUUACACCUGUAUUGUAUACAGGCUAGGAAUUAAGACAUACUGUUAUAAAUGAAAUUAAAAAACGUUCAAAUUUCCAUCAUUUCUCAUUUACCCAUGCAGGCCAUACUGGCGAGCAGGGCAAACCUGGACUACAGGGAUCUCGAGGGGAACGAGGGGAUCGCGGAGACAGAGGGAGUCGAGGACCUAAGGGAGACAUAGGUGAAAAAGGAGAGAGAGGUAACGAUGGUAAUAUGGGAAGAACAGGUGGAAAGGGGAAUAAAGGUAAACUUCACUUUCAAAAGUUAUUCAUCCACGGAUUAGUGCAAGCUUUGUCAUCAUCCGUUUCUCCCCCUCCCACAUUUGGUAUACUUGAAGUAAUAGCAUGUCAUAUGUACGUUGUAUGGCACGCAGGAUGGAACUUCUAUACUGGUUUUAAACAAUAUCAGUGCGCAUGAAAAUAUGUACUUUUUCAAAGAAUUAAAUUUCAUUAAAUUUAAUUAAAUUUCACCCGAAGAAAUUGGUUGCAUCAUGCAAAGUCCUUCUCAGUCAUUAUAAUUGACUGAGACCAUCUGAAAUAACAUGCCGCAUAUAACAAAAGAAGUCUAUUCCUAACUAAAGUAUUAUUUCGUCGUUUUAGGAGAAACUGGUAACCCAGGAAUGAACGGUCCAAAAGGUAGAAGAAAAACAAAAACCAAUUAGCCAGUUUUUUUCGCCAUUUAGUCGUAAAGUGACUAGCGCGGGUAAGAGUUCUGUGCUGGUGGCUCGUGCAUGGAUGAAGUAAAUCGUGGAUAUAAUGGUGGAUCAGUAUCCGUAAAUGAUAUAAUAAACUUCCGGCCACUCAAAAUCAUCGCAGAGUUUUGUAAGAUGUUCCUCUGUAUUAAAUGCUCUCUAUCUAAUAAACAUGUCCCCCCCCCUACAGGGUCAUUUAUUAUAUACAUAAUUAAACAUAUAUUAUUAUAAUUAAACAUAUAAACCGGCAAGAGUUAUAGGUUUGUUAAAUACUGAAUGUUAAAAUGGAGUUAAAAAAUAAACUCCUCAGUAAUAAAGUCGCCAAAGGCGUUUAUCACAUCAUUUACGGUAUGAAGUGAAAAGUGAUCAGCAGCGAUUGUUAAGAAUGUUUAAAUCUACGGAAUGCACAUUGUACAAUUUUAUAAUGUGCGCAUCAAUAUAAUAAUGUAUAACAACAUAUUUUUCAUUCAGUUAUCACAUUGUGCUGAAUUGUUUGUUUCAGGUAACAGAGGACAGGCGGGACAAACGUUAAUGGUUAGUUACCAGAGUGAUGACUAGUAAAAUGAUUCAAGUACGAGAAUCUUGCGGAUUUGGAUAAAUCUAACAAACUGUAGUUUUUAGUGUAUGGAAACAUGCCUUUUAUCCGUCAGCAUUUAUAGCCACAAUCAUGGCAAAAAUUUCCUGGAGACGUAAAAUACUACUGUUCGCUUACACAUGUCGGCUUUGUCUCCCCCUAUACAAUGUUGUUUCUACAGGCAUUUCACAAAGUUUUCACCUAACCACUUUAUAAGCUGUCAACAUUGAACCGGGGGAGGUGGGAGUUAAAAAUUGCUGUUUUUGCACGUAUAUGAUAAUUGCGCAAGACAAUUUCCGCGCCCGCGCUGUCCACAUAAUUUUUCCAGGAUUGUAGUAUAAUCCAUUAUGUUCAAAGGUGAUUAAUAUCGAUGUCGCAUUGUCAUCUUUUGUGACUGUUAAAGCAUACUAACAAGUUUGUGAAAUAUUUUUUCUUAAAAAUCUAACUUAACGUCCCCAACAAUGCGCCAGCAAUAAUAAUAUCUCUAUUUCUUAAUGUUUUUAGUAUAAUGAAUCAGCUCAUAUUGUUGGGACAGGAAAUGUCGUUCAAUCAGCUCCACCUCCCGGAGGUAAAUUUAUAUGAGGCGGCGCGCGAUUCUUUGGAUGUUAGUUUGAGGGAGUGGGUCCCUGGAUGCCAGUUGAGGGCAACGGGACUUUGGAUGUCAGUUUGAGGGGGUGGGUCUUUGGAUGUCAGUUUGAGGUGCUGGGUCUUUGGAUGUCAGCUUGGGGUGGCUGGUCUUUGGAUGUCAAUUCAAGGCCGGGGUGGGUUUUUGGAUGCCAGUUUGAGGUGGUGGGUCUUUGAAUGUCAAUCAGUUAAGGGGGUGGUUUUUAUGUUAGUUUGAGUUGGUGGAUCUUUAAGUCAAACUUAAUUCCCUAUUAAUCCUCUAACAUCCAACUCCUGUUUUACCUUGACGUUUAAGGUCCUUAACGUCAAGUAAAUAAAUCCUUAUUUUCAUAAUUUGUAUAAAAUAGGAGUACACGAUAUAGUAUUUAACCACGCAGAUAAACGGUUUGAUUAACGCUUUCCGUUAAUUCAUAACUGUUUGGCAGUUCUCCAAGUGUGACUAGCCUGAGUGCACUUCUGAGUAGGAGUUCUUUUAUGAGCUGCGCAUGUCGUGUUUUAUAUCUGUUAAUAAAGCACGGACUGCGAAUGUUUUAAUGAAAAAACACCCCAUCUGAGUAGUUAAUUAACGUUAAUUUUAAAAAUAAACGUUGUCUAAGCUGAGAAAAGCCAAGCUAAAGGUUAUAAAAAUGAAUAUAACUUGUUAUCACAUAUAAAACCACCGACACGGCAGCGAUUUCCUUCGUUUUUCCUCAGUGAAUUAUUAAUGUAUUUUUACACUAUACGGUUCUCAUUUUAUUCGAUUAAAUCCUCAAAGUUGAUGACAGUUUAAUUUAGAAGCAUAAUAUAUAUAUAUAUAUAUAUAUAUAUAUAUAUAUAUAUAUAUAUAUAUAUAUAUAUAUAUAUAUAUAUAUAUAUAUAUAUAUAUAUAUAUUAUAUACACUUUAACUGUACGAACAAUACUCACUCAUUUUUCCAAAAUGCCCUUCUUUAAAGCUUAAUAAGAUUGUAAAGAAGUGAAAAAGCCGCAUCGUCGCGUCAAUUUUGGACAAACCCACUGUCACUGACCAGAAACAGAACUGAUUCUUGAGUUGAAGUAGGCUGAGUUUAACCUGCUCGCAGCCCCCACCCGAAAACCAAAUUUCCGGUUUUGGCAGGAGAAGCGCCUAUAUCUUACUCAGUUUACGUAAUAAAAUGAGAUAAUCUAUACUGUCAUACGCUUUAGAGAGAACUAUUAAAAUGAAAGCAGAUAACAGUUUCUUAUCCAUCGCUGCAAGGAUUGCAUUAGUAACUGCGAUAUUCAGUGUCUCAUGUUGUGGUCUAACGCCAAUUGAGUGACUUUUUGGAAAGUUAAUGACCCUAUAAUACAGAAGAAAAGUAUUUAUUAACUUAAACUCAUUCGCUACAGUCAGUGGAUCUUUGGAGUAAGUUGAUUUUGUUGUUGACUUUGAAGGGAUGCAUCGGUUGAUUAUUUUCCAUGACGAGGUACAAUUAUUCUUGUGUUGCAAACCGUUUCUUUUCAUAUAGUUUUCUUCUGCCUGUUUGAGUAUGACUUUAACUAGUACUUGAUUAAUUAUCAAUUUGUAAUUAUUCCAGUCUGAAUCCCUUCUGGUCAUAAAGAAAAUUCGAUGCAAAGUAUCAAUUUUUCUCAUGAGGGUUUUAAUCUCAACUGUAACAUACGGACAAGGGCAACUUUUGAUCUUAGGUUUUAACUGGAGCAUGGAUAUCUAACGUCGUAAUCAGUGCAUCAUUAAGGGUGACAAGCUUCCGCUCGUUUACGUCAUUCUUGUGAUGUAUGGAAUGUCGAUGUAUAAUGCUAAAUCGUUUAGAAACGCUGUUGACUCAUAUUUUUGAUGAUUCCUGAUGAACUUUUUAUUUCUUUUUAGAUGUUUAUAGAGUAACAUCCUGGAAAAAACAACACCUAUCUGGAAAAAUGAAGUACGACGACGGUCGUUUAAGAAUCAACGUUGAUGGAGUUUACUUUGUUUACAGUCAAAUGUAUUAUUUUGAUCGGAAUAACACUUAUACUGGUUUCAAUGUAUAUAUCGACAACAAGAGAAUCUUGAAGGCGAUCUACAGUAUUGUUGAUUUUCAUAAACCAUACCAUACUCAGUUUAUAAGUGGUAUUUUUAAAAUUUACAAGGGCCAGACAAUAUGGGUAGGAACGAAAAUUAGGAGGGAAUAUUUUUUCAACGAAAGUUCAGCUUUCUUUGGUGCAUUUAUGUUGCAUGCUUGAGCUAAUACGAUCAUUUGGCAAAGCAUGAAAAAUUUAAUUAAGUCGACAAAUAAUCCUCAGAAAUAAAAAGGUAGCAUAUAGAAUUAAGAAUUUUCCUGAUCCUGUGAGAACCGAAAAUUUCAGUUGUUUAGAAAGUAAACCGGGCUAUAAUUAGUACGUAACUAGAAACAAAACACAGUCCGAAGAUUGUCAUCUUGAGAUAUACGGAUUAAAACAAGACGAGAACUGAGUUUAUUACAAAGUCAUCAUCGAUCAGACUAACUAGUUAGAAAAUACAAAAU